UUUGUUGCACUUGGCUGUUGUGAAGCGGCGGCGCGCGAUCCGCAUUCAAAUCGCGUAUUGUAAUUAUCGGCAACUCAAUGGUCGAGUACCUCAUGAAAAUGUGAAGAAUUCGGUUCAUAAAAGCUAAGGUGCAAGCAGAGAGAAGUCCACGGAGUCCAGACAAGACGUGCAAAACUUUCGAGACGAGCAUUAUAAAUGACAGAAAUGAAUGCGGAUGAGACAAAGCCGGCUGGAAUGCCACAAGGAGCUGAUGAUGGAGGAGCAGGAUCUGCAGGAUCUGGAGGUGGUGCUGCCGACACUGAAGUAGUGGCUCCUCCUCCACCACGACAACGAACCCUAACACGCACGGCCGAACUGGAUGCGGACUGCGAAGACAUCGACUUGGAUGCCGACGUGGACGAUGCGGCGGAUAGCAUCACCUUGGAGUUGGCCUUAUCGCCGCACAGCAGCACCACGCCCACUCCGUCGCCCACCACCGCCGACGAGGACUUCGCCCAGCUGGACAACAGCAAGCCCUUCAAGAUCAAGGACAUCACGCGGAACAUCCGCAAGGCAGUGGUGGCCACAACGUUGUCGGAGUUGCGGGUGAAGGUGUCGGUGAAAUUCGAGCGGGCUCAGCCGGCGAUACACCUGGAUUGCGAUGGCACCGAGGUCGAUGAUGAGGAGUACUUCAGCACUCUGGAACCAAAUGCCGAAUUGAUUGCCGUCUUCCCUGGCGAGCAGUGGCGCGAUCCCAGCGACUAUAAUGCCAAUCUGCGUCGCACAUCGCUGGAUGCUCAGGGGUUGCGGCGGUUGGUGAGCAAACUGCAGCCGAACUUCAUGAACGAUGAUGAUUUGGACAAGCUGUCGAACAUGGAUCCCAACUCCCUGGUGGAUAUUACGGGACGUGAGCCGAAGGACAGCGAAUACUCGGCGAGGAGCGAUGCCGCCAGGAGAUCCACGGAGUUGUCCUGCUAAAAUGGGAGUGACGGACUCCCUCAAACGAAUGAGUGGUAGCUUAAGGACUGUGUGUGAAUGGCGAAUGUAUAUAUGUAGGGAAUUUGUACGAGUUUAUAUGGCCAGCCGGAGUAUUUUUGGAAAACGUUUUGAUGACGGCACUUGAAGCGACCGAUUUGGAUGGUUGCACCGUGUGGUUUUAUCUCAAUAACCGUAGUAGAUCUGAAAGUUGUGUAUUUUUCGAGCCCACAUUGUCGUAGAGCAACUCACCUUGAAUGUCUAUUAUCAGCCGCUAAUUGUUCCUAGACCAAUAGCCAAUUAUGAGCCAAAAAAACCUGGAGUGCCUCAAAGGCCGAUCUCCAGUCUUAGAUAACCUUAUCCUCACCUCACUCAGCGGACGAUCAACGAAUUGCAGAAUAUAGACCUUACCUAGGCAAAUAGAUAAAUAUAUAUAUUUUCCAUACCGGAAUCCUUGUGAAUGUCACACCAAAAACAGUUUGGGUUAUUAGGGAGCAAACUAAAAUGUACUUUAAUUGAAUCUCAAUUAAACCAAUUAACAAUUGAAUAAACGUUCACCCUAGGCACACAAAGAAGGGUUUUAACCCUUUUUUUUUGUAUUUAUGCUGCAUCAAUGAACAAGCACCAUUUGCUGCACUUUCCAAAGGGUUGUAGAAACCCGAAUUUAAUUCAAUUUACAUUUACGUUGUGUCCACAGGAAUCAAUUGGAAAUUGUAAUUUGUAACUUAAAAAAACAAAAAAAAAAAAAAACGAAACAAAAGAGAAAAUAAAUAAAUGGAUAAAUGUGUGAAAAUUA